CUCGGUCGAGAGCUGCCAUGGCCCAGUGGAGGAAGAAGAAGGGGUUCCGGAAGCGCCGAGGCACGGCCUCCCAGGCCCGCGGCAGCGACUCGGAGGACGGCGAGUUUGAGAUCCAGGCGGAAGAUGACGCCCGGGCCCAGAAGCUGGGACCUGGCAGACCCCUGCCCACCUUCCCCACCUCAGAAUGCACCUCAGAUGUGGAGCCGGACACCCGGGAGAUGGUGCGUGCCCAGAACAAGAAAAAGAAGAAAUCUGGAGGCUUCCAGUCCAUGGGCCUAAGCUACCCGGUGUUCAAAGGCAUCAUGAAGAAGGGGUACAAGGUGCCGACGCCCAUCCAGAGGAAGACCAUCCCAGUGAUCUUGGAUGGCAAGGACGUGGUGGCCAUGGCCCGGACGGGCAGUGGCAAGACGGCCUGCUUCCUCCUCCCCAUGUUCGAGCGGCUCAAGACCCACAGUGCCCAGACUGGGGCCCGUGCCCUCAUCCUCUCGCCCACCCGAGAGCUGGCCCUGCAGACCCUGAAGUUCACUAAGGAGCUAGGCAAGUUCACUGGCCUCAAGACUGCCCUGAUCCUGGGUGGAGACAGGAUGGAAGACCAGUUUGCAGCCCUGCACGAAAAUCCCGACAUAAUUAUUGCCACGCCCGGACGGUUGGUGCAUGUGGCUGUGGAAAUGAACCUGAAGCUGCAGAGUGUGGAAUACGUGGUGUUCGAUGAAGCCGACCGGACCAUCCCAGUGAUCUUGGAUGGCAAGGACGUGGUGGCCAUGGCCCGGACGGGCAGUGGCAAGACGGCCUGCUUCCUCCUCCCCAUGUUCGAGCGGCUCAAGACCCACAGUGCCCAGACUGGGGCCCGUGCCCUCAUCCUCUCGCCCACCCGAGAGCUGGCCCUGCAGACCCUGAAGUUCACUAAGGAGCUAGGCAAGUUCACUGGCCUCAAGACUGCCCUGAUCCUGGGUGGAGACAGGAUGGAAGACCAGUUUGCAGCCCUGCACGAAAAUCCCGACAUAAUUAUUGCCACGCCCGGACGGUUGGUGCAUGUGGCUGUGGAAAUGAACCUGAAGCUGCAGAGUGUGGAAUACGUGCUGCUGGUGGAAUUUGCCCGCGCUGGCCUCACAGAGCCUGUUCUCAUCCGGCUUGACGUGGACACCAAGCUCAACGAGCAACUGAAGACCUCCUUCUUCCUCGUGCGGGAGGACACCAAGGCUGCCGUGCUGCUCCACCUGCUGCGCAACGUGGUGCGACCCCAGGACCAGACCGUGGUGUUUGUGGCCACGAAGCACCAUGCCGAGUACCUCACUGAGCUGCUGACGACCCAGCGGGUGAGUUGCGCCCACAUCUACAGUGCCCUAGACCCGACAGCCCGCAAGAUCAACCUUGCCAAAUUCACUCUUGGCAAGUGCUCCGCCCUCAUUGUGACUGACCUGGCCGCCCGGGGCCUGGACAUCCCGCUGCUGGACAAUGUCAUCAACUAUAGCUUCCCUGCCAAGGGCAAGCUCUUCCUGCACCGUGUGGGCCGUGUGGCUCGGGCUGGCCGAAGUGGCACAGCCUACUCCUUGGUGGCCCCUGACGAAAUUCCCUACUUGCUGGAUCUGCACCUGUUCCUGGGCCGCUCCCUUGCCCUUGCCCGACCCCUCGAGGACCCCUCAGGUGCGGCCGGUGUGGAUGGCAUGCUGGGUCGGGUGCCACAGAGUGUGGUGGACGAGGAGGACAGUGGCCUGCAGAGCACCCUGGAGGCAUCGCUGGAGCUACGGGGCCUGGCCCGCGUAGCCGACAACGCCCAGCAGCAGUAUGUGCGCUCGCGCCCAGCGCCCUCACCCGAGUCCAUCAAGAGGGCCAAGGAGCUGGACCUUGUGGGGCUGGGCCUGCACCCCCUCUUCAGCUCGCGUUUUGAGGAGGAGGAGCUGCAGCGGCUGAGGCUGGUGGACAGCAUCAAGAACUACCGCUCCCGGGCGACUAUAUUUGAGAUCAACGCCUCCAGCCGAGACCUGUGCAGUCAGGUGAUGCGCGCCAAGCGGCAGAAGGACCACAAGGCCAUCACCCGCUUCCAGCAGGGACAGCAGGGGAGGCAGGAGCAACAGGAGGGCCCAGUGGGCCCAGCCCCGAGCUGCCCAGCACUGCAGGAGAAGCAGCCUGAGAAAGAGGAGGAGGAGGAGGAGGCGGGAGAGAGUGUGGAGGACAUUUUCUCAGAGGUCAUGGGCCGGAAGCGGCAGCGGUCAGGACCCAACAGGGGAGCCAAGAGGCGGAGGGAGGAGGCCUGGCAGCGGGACCAGGAAUUCUACAUCCCCUACCGGCCCAAGGACUUCGACAGCGAGCGGGGCCUGAGCAUCAGCGGGGAAGGGGGAGCCUUCGAGCAGCAGGUGGCUGGCGCUGUCCUGGACCUGAUGGGGGAUGAAGCCCAGAACCUGACGAGGGGCCGGCAGCAGCUCAAGUGGGACCGUAAGAAGAAGCGGUUUGUGGGAAAGUCAGGACAGGAAGACAAGAAGAAGAUUAAGACAGAGAGUGGCCGCUACAUCAACAGCUCGUACAAGCGAGACCUCUAUCAGAAGUGGAAACAGAAACAGAAAAUUGAUGAUCGUGACUCGGACGAAGAAGGAGCAUCUGACCGGCGAGGCCCAGAGCGAAGAGGUGGGAAGCGAGGCCGUGGCCAAGGUGCAUCCCGGCCCCACGCCCCAGGCACCCCUGCAGGCUGCGUCCGCCCGGAACUCAAGACCAAGCAGCAGAUCCUGAAGCAGCGGCGCCGGGCCCAGAAGCUGCGCUUCCUGCAGCGUGGUGGCCUCAAGCAGCUCUCUGCCCGCAACCGCCGCCGCGUCCAGGAGCUGCAGCAGGGCGCCUUCGGCCGGGUCGCCCGCUCCAAGAAGGGCAAGAUGCGGAAGAGGAUGUGAGGACCGGGACCCAGCUCUGUGGCUCCUUGAUUGGCCUUAGGGUGGGCAUCGGCAGACGUUCCUGUGCACCACUGUGUGCCUGGCCCAGUGCUGGGCACUGGGGGCACUCCCUGCAGGAGCCAUCGUCCGUGAAAAGGAGCACUGUAUGGCCACGGAAGGGCAGCAGCUGCGUCAGCCUAAGACAGAGACAUUUGAGCAGGGCCUUGAAGGGUGUGUAGGAGUUCGGCAGCAAAGCCAGGCAGGCCAAGACCUGAGUUGGCAACUCAGCUGCUGCUGCUUCCAUGUGUUCUGGGUUCAGAGGUCAUGGCUGCACCAGUCAGAGCCCUGAGUGCCUCAGGGUUUGGCGAUGGAAUUUUUAAUAUAAUAAAUCUUUGUUGAGCACUG